AUGAAAUUUGGUGAUACUGUAAUUUGUGAUAUACAUGAUUCGAGCGUGUCUUUUGACGGAAUUGUCAACAGAAUGAGUAGUUCUGGAAGCUCAAUAUGUGAUAUUUAUCGUAUAGGAUCGUUCUCUUGCGUCAAAGAUGCAACAAAUAACACUAGUGAAAUAUAUGAUGAGUUGGCGGAUCUAUUCAAUGUUGCAAUACGGAAUUUGUUUUUGAGAUUAACGAUUUCGACUGUAAUCCUAAUAUUAUCAAUAAUUAUUCAAGCUUAUCUUAUGUUGAUUACAGAAGGUCAAUAUGACUCUAGCAUGUCACCCCUAGCCGAUAGGAUUCACGAGGUUUUUAAAGAACACAAGUCUUUACCAUUCGAACGUGUCAAUAUACUAAUAUCCAUAAUGGUGUUAUUUUUAACCAUGAGGAUAAUGAUUUUUGCACCUCCUUUCCAAGCACUGGUGAAUCUAAUGCGAAUAAUGUUGUUAAUGGGCGUUGGAUAUUUCAUUAGGGGUUUUUUUAUCGCAGCAACAACAGUACCUAGUGCUACAAAGGAUUGCGUGCCGGGUUCUUUUAACUCUUCCAACAAAUUAUUGACAAUUAUAGGCGGUAAUUUUGGACUGUCACUAACUUGCACUGAUAACAUUAUUUCGGGGCACGCAUUUUCCACAAUUUUGUGUUCGUUACUUUGGUUCAAUCUGGAGGAUAAUGUGUUCAUACAUAUAAUUAUAAUACUUUACACGAGUGUAAUAUGUUUCCUAAUAGUAGUGACUAGGGGGCACUACACAAUAGAUGUUUUAUUUGGGAUUUUUUAUGCUGUAAUACUUUACAACAUCUACAUGAUAUCUCUGAGGAUGAAAAUAUCACAAGUUUACGAUUGGUCGGAUUCUUCACGGAUUUUUCGCAAACACUUGGAAUUGGGUAGUUUUUGGAACUGCAUUGGCCACGUGAUAGGCUGGUUUGAGCUGAUCGAUAUCAGAUUGAGGAUUAUUAAAUUGAGUAUAUAUAGCCAAUCAAUAUAUCAUAAGGAGUUCAUGGGUAUUAUCAGUGACGAUGGGUGUGAAUCCGCGUUUGACAUUAUAUCUGCAAACAAGAUGUGCAAUAAGUUGUGUUUUGUAAAUAUGUUUUUGUUUUCAAGGUUCAUAAAAUCUUUGUUUCACAAGUGCAAAAUUUCCACGAAUCCCUCUUGA